GCGAUGCGCGCAAUGCAUUGUGGGGCCUGCCCUGUCGAUCUGAGCGCGAAAAUCCGAAGGAGAGCGAAGUAUGUGUUGCUGGCAUUUUUAUUCUGCUCUUCGGUGAUCUGAUUGGCUGUUUUUCCCGCUUUUUUCUACGAUGUUGUUCAUUGGUCAAACUUAAAUCACGUGACUAAAAUAUCAGCCUAAUAUGGGUUGGCUGUGUACUUGAUUUUUUAGCUGUUCUACUGGUCUGCGGUUUCGCUUUCAAAAGAAAAAAAUGGCGGGUUUGUAGUUUCCGGCGGGUUGAAUGUUUUCUAGUUAAAAAUGUGGAAAAGAAGUGAUGUGUCUUGCUGCAACUGCACUGAGAAAAAAUACCGCCAUGUUCACUGCCCUUGUGCUACCUGCAAUGGUCGUGCAACUGAUCGAAAAACUGAAAUAAGACACUGGAAAGAAGCAAAUAGAGCUGCAUCGAGGUCAUCCCAACGCCAAUGUUCGACAUCAGCCGCCCAAGAUUCUGAGUCUUUUGUCUUUGCAGUUGAGGACAGCGAUAGUGAAAUAGAAGCUGAUAAUUUUACAAUUGAAGAUAAUUUAUUACCCAAUCCAGAUACACCUGAUACAGAUGAAACAGAUACAGAUGACCAAGAUUUGAAUGCUGAUAAUGAUAAUGAUAUUGAUAAUACUAAUCAUGAUGCGAAUUCCCGCCAUUAUAAUCCCCUAAAGAGGCUUGUUGUCGAUGCCGUUUUGAAUGCACUAAAAAUACAGAAAGAAAGCGGAAUGUCAAUCAAAACAUUUGAAGAUAUUUUGGAAUUUGGCAAACGAUUAUUGUUGGAUUCAUCCUCUGAACAGGUCUUUUUUGAUAGAGACAUUUUGACUACUUUGUGGCCUAAGUCGUGGAGUGAUGUGCAAGCUCUUUUAAAAGAGGAGGGUUAUCAAGAUGCUCGAGAAUAUUUUAUUUGCUUUUGUUAUAAAACUAGGCCAAUCAAUUCAGACACUAGAAUAAAGUACACUGGCAAAUAUAGUUUAAUGACCAGCAAAGAUGAAGUCUGCUCUAACUGUGGAAAUAAAGGUGUUAUAGCAUACUAUUAUCUUGGCCUUCAAAACAAAGUUAAAAACUGGUUUCGUGAUGAAAACAUGUGCAACAAAAUGCUAUCUCACUGGAAUGAACGUGAACACUGGCUCGGAGUGGAACAAUCAUGGCCAAUCAAAAAGGAAAUGUGGGAUGGUGAGCGCUGGAAUGAGUUGCAAUGGUUUUGGGAUCCUAAUAAGACCUGGGUCAUCCCAUGCCGUUGUGAGCAUUGUGGUAUUCCCAUACCAGCAAAGCAUUUGAUUGAAUCACAGGAUGCUGUUACAGCUGGUAAAAAGCUUGAGGAAUGCCCAGAAUGUCUGGAAUCUUUUGAACACUCUCUCAAGACAACUAAUGGUUCUCCAAUAAACAUUGCUCUCAUUGGUCAUUGGGAUGGGUGGCAAGCCUUCAGUUCCAGCACACGAAGUUGUGGAUCUUUGGAGGUCUCAAUUGCAAAUAUGAAGAAGGCAGAUAGAAGUCACACCAGUGAAGUUUACGUAGUUGGAUUUGUCCCAUUGUCUUCUACUCCAAAACUACCAGAAACAUAUGAUCCAUUUUUGCAACCACUCAUGGAAGACAUUUGUGAAGGUUUUAUCAAUGGCUUUGAAGUCAGGUUACCACAAGAGCCUAACAUGAAAAGAGUGCGUGUUUUGUUGCUCUGUUGGUCUGGGGAUCAUCCAGGGCAGUGUGAGGUGGGGAAGCUAUUAAACCAAGGUAAAUGUGCUUGCCGCAGGUGCAAGCUUGUUGGGCAACAUUUGCCAAUGAAUGAGUCAAAUAACCAUAUGUACUAUGGAGAUAACCGAAUUCAUUACAGACAUAAGUGGGAAAGUCGUGACAUUUCUCUCAUGCUAACAGACCUUUAUGAUGUUGAGGCAGAGUCAAGGAUCAGUGUUCGAAAAAGAAUGUCUUCUGAGAAAGGUGUCACAGGGAUAAGCCUUCUCCAUAAAUAUUUAUAUCCUCUUUACAAUUUUGACAUUCUCAAAGAUUUAACAUUUGAUGUGUUUCAUACUGUGUGUCUUAAUGUUGUGAAAAGUCAAGCAGAGAGGAUCCUGGAUCAUGAGUUAGUGGAUAAGAAAUCCCUUGACCGAGAAAUAAAGAACUUUCCAUGGCCAAGAGAGCUCAAAUGUGGCCGACUUCCCAAGUCAAUCCAAAGUUAUAAUGGAUCUUUGGGACAGUGGAAAGCUGAGGGCCUACAAAAGUUUUCAUUUCCAAUGGCAGAUUGUGUUCUUGAUAGCAAGUUGGAAUCACCAAAAGAGCAGGAAAUACAACAUUUGAUAUCAAGAUUAACAGAAUUGCAUUUUAAUAGUGGACGGUAUGGCUGGACAAAUAGUAUGAUUUGAGCGCACCACCGGUUGGCAUGGCGCUUAAAUAUACUCAUAGAAGAAACUCAAGGCCUGGAAAUGUGUACAAUUUCUGUACAUAAUCUUCUUCACAUCCAUGAAGACAUCAUCAGAUUCUCGGCUACUGACAAUUAUUGGUGUGCAGUGUUCGAAAGAGCCGUAAAGGGUUACACAAAGACUGCUAGCAAUUGUAGGGGAGUUGAAAAGACAUUUGCAUUGGCAGAGUCAAGGAGGGAAUUCCUCAAACCAUACUCAACUCAAGAAAUAGGAGAGCAAGGAAAGAUAAACAUGAAAGUGGUAACAUGGCAGCUUGGCGAGAAUCAAACUCGUCCCCAGAACCGCCAUUCUGAGUCGCAAGAAAGCCAAGGGGAGAGGUUGGGUGAGAAUAAGGCUCGAAUACUGUACCUGUAGGUUUAUUAUAUGAUUGCAGACCCAGAUACAAUUGUAACCCUUUAACCUUGACUCAUUCCAUCUCCAUGACAACUUGUUGCUAUGCUAGGGCACACGUUGCUUCGAAGAGAACAUAUUUUACUUCCGGUGCAAGCUGACAAGAGUUUUUUUCAUUCAACUUUAGGAUAGAUAAUAUAUUCAACGUGUUAUGGUAGUUUGUAAGACAUUGAAGACAGGCACCUUUAACUAAAAAAAAUGUCAACAUCACUUUUACUGUCAUUCUUACUUGUUUUUAUUUUUUCAGGGUAUUGCAAGCUCUAUUGAGACAGCAAGGAUGGCUGUUUUCAGAAAUGAUGUACCAUCUCAGUCAUUUCUUCUUGGAGCUAUGGAUAACAUGACCCUGCUGGAAAGGGAUGAAAGGAUAAAAGUAGCACAUACUUUAAAUGUUCCUCUCCAAAAAAUUCCACAGUUUUCUUUCUCAUCAAAGAAAUGUUUCCUCCCAGACAAAGGCUAUGAAGGGACAGUUUGUUCUUCUGGAGAGUCAGUGGUUGUAAUGCUUGAACAAAAUGAAAUAGUGAUGAAACUAGAUAAAUUUCUGUCUGUGAAAGACAACACAGAGUCUUACAAACUGCUUGCAAAGGGAUACCUCUUUUGCAAUGUUUACACAGACAAUGGCCAGACAGUAAAACACUUUUGGAGUGGAUUUACUUAUGUAGAAAGCAAUCCAGAGAGAGUACCCCAUUUCUGUACUGCUGACAAUAUUUUAAGAAAAGUUAUUAUCUAUAGCUCAAGUGAUGAUACAUCAAAUUCUGUUUCAACUGUAGUUGAAUACCAGAGGCACCAGGAGAAACUUCCAUUUGACAUUAUUGUGCCCAUUUAUCCAGAGCAAGGAGAUAUGUUGCUGGUGCAAGGUGCAGAAGUUGGUGACGUAUGGUAUGGAUAUGCCCGCAAUGUUGACUAUGCACGCAGAACUGUCGACGUGUAUUUCUUUGUAGAGAGCCCUAGAAUGCCAAACACUUUUAUCCGUGAGACGAUUGGACACGCUGCAAAAAAUGUUGUUCCCUGGAACUCAUUGUUGGGAAUUGCAGAUGGAUUCUGGCCCAGUCCGUCACAUUGGAGAAAGGCAGUGUAAAUUUCUAACAAAGAAAUUGAGAGAAUAUUUGUUUUCUUACAUUGCACACACUUUAUUAUGCCAUCAUAUGGACUUAUUACAUUGUACUAUAAUAGCCUAGUAUAGCCUGCCACAUAUAGAUAUACAUGUAAAGUAACACCAAUCUUUCCUGUCAAAAUCUGCACACAGGUUAUAUUAAUUACAUUGCAGUGUAGAAUGUACUAUAGAACCAAACCAGUGCAGAUCCAUAAGUGGCUCUUUCCUCUCUGUGCAUAUGAAAAUAUCUAAGUGUUAGUAACACUAAUGUACAGUAAUACAAUCAAUAUAAUUAUCAAAAUACUAA